CCCAAGUCCACAACCACCAACAAACCAUACAAAAACACUCAACUUCUCUACAAACCACAAACACAAACACACAAUCUCACUCUUCAAUCUUCAUACAUCACCGCCUGCAACAACCAUGGCGCCAACCGUUGAUAGUAACGUCACCAAUGGGAAGGCCAAGACCCGUGCCUACGUCACCUUCUUGGCAGGAGAUGGUGACUACUGGAAGGGUGUGGUUGCUCUUGCCAAGGGUCUUCGCAAGGUCAAGUCGGUCUACCCGCUUGUAGUUGCAAUUCUGCCCGAUGUUCCUAUGGAUCACCGUCGAAAAUUGAUCUCUCAAGGGUGCAUCAUCCGGGAGAUUGAACCCUUGUACCCGCCCGAAAACCAGACUAAGUUCGCCAUGGCCUAUUAUGUUAUUAAUUACUCCAAGCUCCGUAUUUGGAAGUUUGUGGAGUACAGCAAGAUGAUAUACUUGGAUGGGGACAUACAAGUUUUCGACAACAUAGACCAUCUGUUCGACUUACCCGACGGCCACUUCUACGCCGUCAUGGACUGUUUCUGCGAGCGAAACUGGAGAAACAGUCCACAGUACCAAAUCGGGUACUGUCAACAAGCACCCGAAAAAGUCCACUGGCCGGAUAACCAGUUGGGCCCAAAACCCUCCUUAUACUUCAACGCCGGAAUGUUCGUGUUCGAGCCCAAUCUCUCCACCUACAACAACCUUCUUUCGUCGGUUAAAAUCACCCAGCCGACACUAUUCGCAGAGCAAGAUUUCUUAAACAUGUUCUUUAAGGAUGUUUACAAGCCUAUUCCAACAGAAUACAAUUUAAUAUUGGCGAUGUUGUGGCGGCACCCGGAGAAUGUGGAUGUUAAGAAGGUGAAGGUGGUGCAUUACUGUGCCGACGGGUCGAAGCCGUGGAGGUAUACCGGGAAAGAUGUGAAUAUGGAUAGGGAAGAUAUUAAGAUGCUGGUGAAUAUGUGGUGGGAGAUUUAUAAUGAUGAGACCUUGGAUUAUUGGAAGAGUUGUGGACAGUCGAUGGGUACGCAGUUGACCGCGGUGGAUGAGCCGACGCUGGCGGUAACUAGGAGUGGUAGUCGUUGUGUCUCCGCCCCGUCGGCAGCUUAGAGACUGUUAUUGUGUUUACUAGUUUUAUAUAUAUUUGUUAUUUUUAUGGUUUUCGAUCUAUAUAUUCAUCUCGAGAAAAAAUCGAGUAGUUAAAGUUAUAUUGGGUUGGUGUUUGUGUUAUAUUUUUUGUAAAGUAAUCUUUGGUUUUGGUGUCUGGAUGUAACUAGAUGGUUAUUGUGAUAUCUAGCAUAUAUUUAAUGGAAAAUUCUUAUUUGUAUA